AGGAAGGCGCUCCAGUUCCGGGUCAGGCCCUUCUCCCGCCUCCCUCGGCCUCUGUCAUGGCGAGUAGCAGCGGUGCCGGGGCGGCGGCGGCGGCGAAUCUGAACGCGGUGAGGGAGACCAUGGACGUUCUGCUGGAAAUUUCAAGAAUUUUGAAUACUGGCUUAGAUAUGGAAACUCUGUCUAUUUGUGUACGGCUUUGUGAACAAGGAAUUAACCCAGAAGCUUUAUCGUCCGUUAUUAAAGAACUUCGCAAGGCCACUGAAGCACUAAAGGCUGCUGAAAAUACGACAAGCUGACUUUCUGGAGAAAUUCUGAUGAGAUAUGUCAAGCUCCUCAAGAGGAUUUGAAGAUUGCAUUGUAGUCAAGAAUGUACAAUGAAAUUACUGCAUGCAGCAGUGUAGAAACAUUUUCCUUUUUAAAAGAAUUAUAAAACCAUAGCUUUAUAAAUCAGUGGAAAAUGGCUUACAGAGAGAACUAUCAGAUGUGUUUACAUCACAUCUUUUUUUUAACAGCUCUAAUGCAUUGGUAUUGCUGUGUUCAUAUUUAUGUAUUCCUUAUUUAUAGCUCUGAUAGCUUUAAUUUUCUAAGCAGUCUGUCUAUCAGAUGUGCACAUCUGCUGUGCCUGGUUGAAGUAUAGUGGAACCCAUCAGAAGUAAUGUAGUAGUUAUGACUUGUUGACAUUUCCAUUAUAAAAUUUAAUUUUGAAUUGUUUAUGCAAAAUAACCGUGAAUUUGUGUUGUAUUGGGCUAAAAGUUGACAGAAUUUCAGCCACCAUUUGUGAAUUUUGAUUUAGAAUUACAACAUAGAAUCUCUUUUAUAAGAGCACAGAAACCAUUUGUUUUAACCUGCUCUUCUUUAACAAAGAGUAUUUAGUUUUUUAAACAUGAAAGUUUUUCUGGCAGUUAACAGUAUGAACCAGAUCAUUUUUGUAUUGAUCGAAAAAUAAAACUUAGAAACUUAGAUUUUAAAAGUAAUGAUAGUGCUAAGUAUUGUCAUUUGAGCCAUUUAAAUUUAAUGAAACUAUUGACAAUAUUUUUCUAAGUUUUAUACUCUAUAAAUGGCCUAAAAAAUAAUGCAUAAUGAAAUAUUUCCAACAUGCAAAAUUCUUUAAUUUUAUUAUGUAAAAAUAGUUUGAGUGGUUACCUAAUAAAUCAGUAAAUAGGAAGUAUCUGUCAACAAAUACGGUGUUUUCUGAAGGACUAAAGAUUUCCAGUCAUUAAACAAAAACUAAAUAAUCAAGUGUUCUGUAUCAGGAAUUAUAAGUAUUCCUUUCCAAGGUCACUUUGUGUGUCAUUAUUUUUUCCCUGAAAGUUUUAACUAAUCAAAGUGAUGGUUCAAACUAAAUUUUAGAAAACGUAGGAUAGUGUUAAUUCCGUUCCUGUAGCAAAAUCUGAAUGGAAUAUUUUUCCCAAGAGUGAUAGGAUUUUAAUAUGAUUUUAUUAGCUUCCAUUUAAAUGAUAAUACAAGUAUUUACUCUUUAGCAGCAUUUUGUUCUUCAAAGUAAGGCUUAGUAAUUAAGUGACAACCUUCGGUGUAAAAUCUAGUCUUGAUUAUUUUGACUUCGUAAGCGCCUAGCAUCUUUACCAAGGACACUGGAAGGUGUAUUAUUGGCAGACUCGGUUGGGAGACAGUAACGACUUGUGAUAAGUCAUUUAUUUGAUAGUAAACACUGCAAGUCCUGCAUGUUGUUACCCAUAAAAUCAUAAAGACAACAUUUUUGUCAAGCUCCAAAGUUGGUAUAUACUCUUAGGCCACAAGAGUUAAUAGUUUUAUUUAUGAUUUUGUAGAUUAAGUUAUUUAUGUUUGAUACAAAGCAGGAAAAUAUAUUGAGAAGGCGUUAUGUCUAACGCCUUAAAGAGAACUUUAAGUGUUAAAUGUAAACAUAUUUUUAAUGCAUACUUCAGUACUGUUUAACAAAAUCAAAACAAAUUGUAAUGAUACAAUUGGCUGUGUUAUGCAUGUUGUCAGUGACAAAAAAUAAAACCAUUUUGGUG